AUGUCGGUUUUCCAGAAGAUUGCGGAGGUCGAGGCCGAGAUGGCCAGGACCCAAAAGAACAAGGCUACCAACUUUCACCUUGGUCUUUUGAAGGCCAAGCUUUCUAAGUUACGUGCUCAGUUGAUUGAAAGUAGUGGUAGCAAAGGUGGCGGUGGUGGUGAAGGUUUCGACGUUUCUAAAACCGGUGAUGCUCGUGUGGGCCUUGUAGGCUUUCCAUCCGUAGGCAAAUCAACACUGCUUAACAAGUUGACUGGUACCUAUUCUGAAGUAGCGGCUUAUGAGUUCACUACUUUGACCUGUGUGCCUGGUGUAUUCAAAUAUAAGGGUUCUAAGAUCCAACUGCUCGAUUUGCCUGGUAUCAUUGAGGGAGCUAAGGACGGUAAGGGUCGUGGUAAACAGGUUAUUGCCGUCGCUCGAACGUGUAGUCUGAUCCUUGUUGUUUUGGAUGCUGCGAAAUCUAUGAACCACAAACGUCUUCUCGAGAAGGAGAUGGAAGGGUUCGGCAUCAGGCUUAACAAGACUCCACCAAACAUCACGUUUACUCGCAAGGACAAGGGUGGUAUUACUGUGACCCACACUGUGACUCUAACUAAUGUAGAUGAGGAUAUGAUAAAGUCUAUCUGUCAUGAGUAUCGUAUUAGCAAUGCUACUUUUGCCAUUCGGUGUGAUGCCACUGUCGAUGACAUUAUCGAUGUAAUUGAGGGUAAUCGCAUCUAUAUCCCCUGUCUUUAUGUUCUAAACAAGAUCGACCAGAUAACAAUCCCUGAGCUGGACAUUUUAUCGCAAGUACCACACUAUGUGCCUAUAUCAGCUCACCACGAGUGGAACCUGGACCUUCUUUUAGAGACAAUAUGGAAAUACUUAGACUUAGUGCGUAUCUAUACUAAACCUCGUGGGAAGAUCCCAGACUACGAGGCUCCCGUCAUUCUUAAGCGUAGCCACAGCAAGGUGGAGGACUUCUGUCUUAAGAUUCACAAAUCACUGCUUACACAAUUCAAGUACGCAUUGGUCUGGGGCACAUCAGUGAAGCACAACCCUCAGAAGGUCGGGAAGGAGCAUGUUUUGGCUGACCAGGACAUUGUCCAGAUUGUGAAGCAGUGA